AUGGACGACGGCGGCCAGAGGGAGGCGACGGGCGAUGGGACAUUUCGUGAGAUACAAAGGCUUUUGAGCAAAACCAAUGGGAAGGUUAUUGGUGAUGUUAUGACCUCAGCGCCUCUUGUGGUGCGUGAAACAACUAACCUUGAAGAUGCUGCAAGGUUACUCCUUGUGACCAAAUAUCGCAGGCUUCCAGUAGUUGAUAGCUCAGGCAAAUUGGUUGGGAUUAUUACAAGAGGGAACGUCGUCCAAGCUGCCCUCGAAAUCAAGAAAAAGGUUGAAGGGACACUCUGA